CGAGGGUCCCGGCAAGCGACCGAGAAUCGAUAGAUAGUUCGCAAAACCGCGGGGCGAGUGAGAUCAUUCGAGAAGUACGAAAAGAAGCGCGGAGAGAAGGAGAGACAGACGGACGCGAACGGAGAAAGAGAGAUACGCGAAACUAUAGCCAAACGAGAGAACGUGGGCCCGGCGAUGACUUAGAGUAAUCGCGAUCACCCGCGAAUCGAACGUAUAUAUAAGGACAGGCUUAUAUAAGGCGGCCGAUCUUCCUUUUCGCGCUGUGCGUGCUGCGGUAAGCCCGAGCGAAUCGUCGACCAGGACGAAGUUCGAGGGAGGCAGGAAUUUUUAACGGGGAUACUCUGCUUUUCACACAGCUACGCGAAGAAAAAAAAGCCUUCUCAUCAACCCUUGCGACAGCGACGAAAGUACGAGAUACGAGGGAAUGACGGUAAGAGGUAGUCAACGAGCCGUCGCUAGGACAAGCUUGGGUCUGCUGGCGGCACUCGUGCUGUCCUGUGCCACAAGUGGCAUCGACAGGGCCCUCGCGCUCCCGCAACCGCAACCGGAACCGGAACCGGUGCCACCGGGCCUCUUUUAUGGCGAUCCCGUGGAAGAGGCGGAAAAUAUCAUGUUGAUAAACCGCCUGAAGCAACUGAUAGAGCAGAAGCACCGGGUGGUCGAGCAGGAGCACGAGAUCAGCGAGGAACAGCUCGAGAUUCAGGCGAUCCUCGAGGCAAAAAUGCGGGAACGGGAACGAGCGAUGUCGAUGGAACAACCGCCGCCGGAAUACCCCAUCGGAGAACUCCAACCGGAACCAUUGCCCACACCCGAACGAGUUAUCCACGAUCCACAGCAUCCGGGCAAACGACAAGGCAACACGGUCAGCUACAUGUCCCUGUGCCACUUCAAGAUCUGCAACAUGGGACGUAAGAGGCAAUCGAAAUAAAUCUCCGUAAAAGGCAGUCGCGACAAGUUCCAAACGGACGGCGGGCGCGGCGAGGAGCUGAAGAGUUAAGAGGAGACCUCAUUGUGCUUUAAAAAAACAUUAAGUAAAAGAUCAAUAGAAACACCGCCUGUCACACGGUCAAUUGAACAUUGAAGUGAGGAGGAGAUGGCAACGACGAGCGGUCGAUCUUCCAUCAUUUCAAUUCUUUCAUUCUUCUUCCGAAAUAUAUCAUCGAAUAUUCGUCAAAGUAAAAAGUCAAAAGAUCUCUUCUAAUUGUUUUAAACGCGUCAGAGAAUAAAGUCAAAUUUUCAGCGAUUCAAGAAUAAAUCGAGCUAUCGAAUAAUUCUUUUAUAUCGAUAACUAGGAUAAACUGGAAGACUUUGCGCAAAUUUGCAAGAGAAUCCAUUUCGAUAAAAUAAAAACAAGUUACCGCUCCUCCUUGCUAUCCCUUCGGAACAACGAUUGUCACCAGUAUUACACACACACACACACACCCACACACACACACACACACACACACACACACACACACACACACACACACAUACACACACACACACACACGGACCCGCCACGUUGGAUCUAUGUGCGACAAGUUACAGCGCGAAAAGUGAAUCACGCGAAUCGCGAGAUGCACCAAUGUGACCGCUCGACAAGCGCUUCCAUUAACGAACGUCGAUCCCCAUCAGUCCCUCCCUCACCCUCCCGUUGCAACGAGGCACCCCGCGAGGCGAAUCAACGUGCGUGUGUAGAAAAAACAAAUAGGUACUCGAUGGAAAAAAAACAUACACGUAAAGAAAGUAAAAUAAAAAACUAACAAAAAAAAAAAGCAUUCGUUUGAAACGUCGAAACCGUCCUCGGCACAAACCGUCCGACUGGUUCGGACGAGAGCUGCGCGAGCUGCCCGACUACGCUUGUCUGGAAUUAUCUGCUAGAGAUUACCGAAAAGAUCAACGACGAGGUAUAUUGCUUUAAAUACACGGAAAGAUUCAGCAGAGCUGUAGUUACCGCGAGUUCAACACCUAUAACUAGGGAAAUUUGAUAGUUCAACGAAGAAAUUGCGUCUGAAAGCAAUGAAUGAAUCGUUGGAGCGAUUGGUCCUUCGUUACAACGAAAAUUGCUAACGCGACAAGCACAAGUUUUCUUCGUUACAGCGGCAAAGGUGCACUGAGAGAAGUGUCAGCCAAAUGUUUAGUUAAAUGAUGAUCGAAUAAAUUUUGCAGUUACUGGUAUUAAAAACUUAGUUACAUUUAACAAACCAUUUAGUCGUAUAAAAAUAAUUGUUUAAUUAAGGCUACAGAUUGUUUGGCCAAGACAACUGCAUAUCUAAUAAUUAUAACUACUAUAAAAUUUAUUUCGUCACCGUUUAACUCUAAACGUUUCAUCUACUAUUUCAUCAAAUAUUUCUCUCGGUGUAACAUGCGCCAUCUUAGCUAGUAGUUUUGUUAAAAAUUUUAAUCAACAUAUUCGAUUGAUUAUCGGAUUUCAGAAAGUUGUCUCGCCGUACGUUAACAAGUUUGCUGUGCUAUUUUAACAAAUGUGAUUAGCUAUAAUAGCUAAUUUUGUUCAGCUGCAAAACUUUGCUACUUUAACAUAGAAAACUGGCUGUUCGUAUACUACAGUUAUGAAUCUGCUGAAUCAGUCAAGUUUUUAAUUGUUUUAACAAACCCUUUUCUUUCCGUGUAUGAAAUUAAAAACAGAGAGAAGUAAUUUCGAUUGUACACCGGCAUUGUCUCAGCUUCUCUAUUUCUCCGAGGUCAAAAUAAAAAUAAUAAAAAAAGAAUGAAUAAAAGUAAGAAUCUGACACGUCCCGGCUGAAAUUUUCAUUAAUACCGUACACGAUUUUAUCGAGAACACCGGCAUCAUAGUAUUGUUAUUAGAGAUGUGCGAGUUUUUUUUUUCAUCCGAUUCGAUUCGAUUCUCAUUUAAAUCUCUAUGAUUCAAAUUCAAACUAUUCAAAAAAUUUCGAAUCUAAAAGGUUCAAAUACGAAUCGCAUAUUGGCAAUCUUAUAAAAUCAUAUUAAAAAUGACUAUAUUAUAUAAAUAGCGUUGCAAUGACUUUAGACAGCAUCGAUAUUAUUUUUCUUACAAUAUAGAAAUCAUUUGUUAUGUUUGCAUCCAGAGAAAUGUUUCUUCUGAGUUACAAAACAAAUUUAUUUGAUCAAAGAAAUUGCUGCACGGUUAAAGAAAAGUUUCUUUAAUUGGAGGAACUUUUUUAAUUGAACAUUUUAUUAGAAUUAAAAAAUAGAUUGCAACGCAAAUCUUUUUUUUUUUUUUUUUUUCAAAUGAAAGAAAUAUAUUUUUAAAAUCAGAACAACUGAAUUAUUUUCUCACAUUUCUGUCAGUGCUUUCUUUGAAUUAAAAAAAUAUUUGUUUAAGUUAAACAAAUAAUUAUUUAUUUUAAAAAACGCUAACAACUUUCAUUUCUUGAAAUCAAAUAAAUUUUUGUUUUAUCUUAAAAGUAUUUUCACGUUAACAAAAUCAAGUUUUCUCUGAGUGUAUAUUAAUAUUCAAUCUACUAAUAAAUGUAUUAUUAAUAGUUUUCAACAAUUCGAUUUUAUUGAAUUCGAUCCGCUUCGAUUCGCGUAAAGUUUUGUCAAUUCAAUUCGAUUCAGCGUCAAAUAAUCCUGAUUCGCACAUCCCUAAUUGUUAUAUUACCGAGGGUCAACGACAUCUUAAAUUGAUCGGAUCAGUAGUGCACUUCAACGUAUGUAUGUCCCACAAAAAAAAAAGAAAGAACGUACGCGCAAGUUAACGUGCGGGUCAACAAAAAGACAUCAUAAAGACGUCUUGUGACACGCGUGUUGUCUACAGGAGUUAAUUGCAGUUAAUUAAAAUUCCGAGUUUAAUACUUUUUGUUUUCUUUUUGUAAGAUGUACACUCGAAGAACACGCUGCAUUCUUCCGAUUGAUCUAAUAACAGCGAUGUUAAGUUUGUAAGUUAAUAUAACAUAUGUAUAUGUAACCGGUAUAAUCGAUAUCAUAGAAAAUUGUACCGAUAUAUACCACUUGUACCAAAUCGGUAUUGUUUGCAGCAUUUUUAAUUCCUAAAUAUGUUACUAUUAGUCAAUUAUAUGUAUAUAUUUAUGUGUUAUUAAUUAAUUAUAUGUAAUAUACAAUUAAUAUAAAUACGUUAUCAAUUAAUUAUUAAAUGAAUUAACUUUGAAGAAAAACUAUUAUGCGAAAUCGGUUAUGAAUAUUAACAUAGCACAUUGUAGAGCCUGCGACAAAUAUUGAGUAAUCUUGUAAUGUAAUAUUGUACAUAUCUCGUGAAGGCGCGGAAAUGAGAAUCUGCAAGAAGAGUACAGUUAAUAUUUGCCUGAUAAAUAUUAAAAAUGUAACGAGGAUUUCCAGAGUUAUUAUCUUCUCUCUCUCUCUCUCUCUCUCUCUCUCUCUUGUGUAUCGAAUAUGAUCCCGCAUUUCUACACUGGGAGAAAAAAAGUUGUUAACUUGACUAAAAUUUUCAACACAAUUAAAUUUGUUCAGUUCAAGUAUUCAUGUAUUUAAUUGAAAUACAUAAAAUACUCGAACUUUGAUUUAAGCAUUUAUAUAUUUCAUUUAAAUACAUAAAUACUUCGAUUAAAGAAAUUUAAACAAGUUAAAAAUUUUAGUCCAGUUAACAACUUUUUUUUCUCAGUGAAAACAUGCGAAAAAAUAAGGAUGAGAAGUCACUUGACGAAUUCUAAACGCGUUGAUUUCAAUCUAAAUAGGAUUGCGAGAAAUACACGGCGAAAGACCUCAUUUAUGGGCUGAAAAUGAAUUAUUAACCUCCGAUUGAUUUCGAGGCACAAAUCACUUCAAAACCACGGCUAAAUUUCGGAGACUAAUCCAAAACGGAUAACGAAUUUAACGGUAGAUUUUACGAAAUUUUAAAAGGCAACCUCUGUUAAUUUCUUCUUCACAAAGCGGAUGGGAAAAGAGAAAGAUUACAAACGAGCAAAGCAUCGCUUGGGUUUUAUAAACUUGACCGAUCGAUUGUAAAUUAAAAUCGAAAUCUACUUGAUAGUACCUCGUCGAUGGCACAACACGAGUAAUUAAAUAAUUUCUUUUGUUUCCUACAAAAUUAGAUCGACCGUUUGGAAAGAUGGUGUCAAUUAAAUAAUUGGGCGAAUAAGAGUAAGCAAUUAUCAUUUUCGGCGAGAGGUAGUAUAUACUGUUGUAAACCAAAAGGUUUGAGAAAAUUUAUGAGGUAAAAUAAAUGCGAUUUAUGCCGAAAA